UGUCAUUUUGCAUGGCGAGGCAUAGUAUAUAUAUUGCAGUGCAUGCCCAUAAUUCUCUGACCUCGAUCACCAUGACCCAACUGCUUGUUUUCAAUUUGAUUGGUGCCAUAACCUUGUCUUUGGUUGUUUUCUCGGUUGCACUUCAGCGGUUUCAACAACAACCUAAACCCGAUGCUUCACUUAGCUUCUUGGUCAUCGGAGAUUGGGGAAGAAAAGGAGCUUAUAACCAAUCUCAACUUGCAUUUCAGGUGGGAGUUAUUGGACAGCAAUUGGACAUCGAUUUUGUGAUUUCCACCGGCGACAAUUUUUACGACAGUGGCUUGACAGGCAUAGAUGAUCCAGCUUUUGAAGAAUCAUUCACCAAAAUCUACACUGCUUCUAGUUUGCAGAAACAAUGGUACAGUGUUUUGGGCAACCACGACUAUAGGGGUAAUGUUGAGGCACAGCUAAGUCCUGUCCUCACAAAUCUUGACAAGAGAUGGCUUUGCAUGAGAUCUUUUAUCGUCAAUGCAAAGUUGCGGAGUUUUUCUUUUGUAGAUACUACUCCGUUUGUGGACAAAUAUUUCACAGAUCCUGGGGACCAUGUUUAUGAUUGGAGAGACGUAUGGCCUCGCAAACGCUACAUUUCCAACCUCCUCAAGGAGGUGGGUUUGGCUUUACAAGAAUCAAAUGCGAAGUGGAAGAUUGUGGUAGGUCACCAUACAAUUAGAAGUGCCGGCGUGCACGGUGACACGGAGGAGCUUGUAAAGCACCUUCUUCCAAUUCUCGAGGCAAACAACAUUGACCUUUUCAUAAAUGGACACGAUCACUGCCUACAACACAUAACCAGUCUUGACAGUGGAAUUCAAUUUUUGACUAGCGGUAGUGGGUCGAAGGCGUGGAGGGGUGUUGUAUUAAACUGGUGGAAGCCAGAAGAGAUGAAGUUGUAUUACGAUGGCCAAGGAUUCAUGUAUGUGCAGGUCACUCAAACUGAAAUUGAGGUAGUAUUCUAUGAUGUCUUUGGCCAUGUUCUACACAAAUGGAACACAUCCAAACAGUUUCAUUCAACUUUGUGAACAAGUUCAAAUGCAGUCCAAAAAAAAAAAAAAA